GUCUUGCUCUGCCCGACCGGAGACUGCUGAGGAGCUGCCGCAGACGGACCACUCAGAGGAGGAGGGCAGAGAGAACAACAACCCGAACAAAGAAAUGGGUCGGCGGUUCGGGGAGCACGUCUGCACGAAGCAGCCAUCCUACGGGGGCGUGGAUGGGCCCUCUACUACUGCAACCUCCACCGCAAGGAGGGUAUGACCCUCAUCAACCGGAAGACGUGCCAGCACAACGGCUGCCCCAAGAAGCCAACGUUCGGCGUCGACGGUUCCAAGAACGCUCAGUUCUUCGCCCAGCACGCGCAGACCUCGAUGGUGGACGUCCGGAACAAGAGGGUGCGCCCACCGGGGGUGCAACUCAUCGCGCUCGUACGGCAAGCCGGGCACGUCGACGCGCGAGUUUUGCAAGUCUCACGCCAAGGAGGGCAUGACGCGACUCGUGCUGGCUAAGAGGUGCGCUGCGGAGGGGUGCAACACGCACCCCACCUACGGGAAGCCAGGGACGAAAACUCCGGAUUUUUUUGCCAAGCACGCAGCCUCGGAGAUGGUCAACGUCAUCGGCAAGAGGUGUCUCCACGCAGGUUGCACCAAGACUGCGGCGUACGGAGCCGCGGGCCUCCGCAAGCGCGAGUUCUGUCGCUCGCACGCCCCUGAGGGCUACGUGAGCAUCAACCUCAAGUCGUGCCGUCACGGAGGCUGCACCAGCUGCGCGGCCUUCGGCGAGUGGGGUAGCUCAAUCCCCGAGUUUUGCAGGUUGCACGCGCCGGAGGAGAUGACGAGGACAGCCCUAAAGGGGUGGGGCGACCGGCGGGCGUGGGAGGAGCUGGAGGAUGUGGAUGGUCAUGGCGCCGGUACGUGCAGUCCUGGUGUUGACAAGGGUGGACAGCGUCAGGGAGACGGAGAGAUAGAAGCGAUCGACCGGAUGAUUUCAACGGAUAGUCUAGAUAACUUGUAGGCCAUCCUUGUCAAGGGGGAAGCCUCCGAAGAAGGCAGACGAAGUGCCAUAGCUACAGAUGUAGACUUACCGCAGCUUUCGUGGCUGCAAUGUCUCGUUCUUCUUCCAUAAUUAUAUUGUUAUUUUGUUUGGAGUGAGGCGAGAUUCGCGGGUGUUGGCAGCACAUACGGAUGCCUUGGGUCACAACCUCCGUGCCGUGGACGGUAGCACUUUUCGUGAUAUGCAAAAGAAGAACGUUAUCACCCCCGUAGCGAGCCAUCCAAGUUCCGUUCCAUUUCGAGAAGCUGUCGAAGCUGUCGUGUGCCCAGCGACACGUUGCUUAAGAUUUCGUUGCGUAUCCCCUGCGAGUUUGAACGGCAACAUCUCCUUGGCUUCUUCGUACGUCGGUCUGCAUAUCGCAAUGUGACUUUAGAUUUUUUCCAAGAUCUCCGUCUUCCUUGAGUUGACGCCGGUUUGUUGUGCAACAAUACUCUAGAGGUAUUGUAUAAGUAUAUGAUACGUAGAAACGGCUGUAGGCUAUAUAUUUUGCAUCAGUGCGGUCAACAUCUGUUUUCGUGCUGGUGCAAUCGUCAGUACUGGGGCCCACUCCUGGUUGUCGCGACAGUGCUGCCGGCUCCAAUGUUCUGAUGCUCAGUUUCGCAGGUGUCGGGUGGAGUGCGUUAAGGAUGCGUGCUUUCUUUCGCCUGAGUUUAGGGAGGCGCGCUGCUUUGCAGAUGCAGUACCCCC